AACUUAACGCCAUUAAAUAGGCAGCUUCUUUGCAUUCGUACUUUCUUCUAAAUUUGGCUCACAAAUUAAAGCUAAUUUGCAUUAAUGGAGGAAAUUAAUAACCUUCCACCAGGGUUCAGAUUCCAUCCCACUGAUGAAGAACUCAUCACUUGUUAUCUCAGUAAAAAGGUUUCUGAUUUCAGAUUCACAGCUACAGCGUUUUCUGAUGUUGAUCUCAAUAAUUGUGAGCCUUGGGACCUCCCAGGGAAAGCCUCAAUGGGAGAAGAAGAAUGGUACUUUUUUAGCCUUAGAGAUCGGAAAUAUCCAACUGGAUUUCGCACAAACCGAGCAACAGAAGCAGGUUACUGGAAAACAACAGGCAAAGACAAGGAGAUUUUUCAGGGAGGAGUGGUUAUUGGCAUGAAAAAAACUUUGGUUUUCUAUAGAGGAAGAGCCCCUAAGGGUGAAAAAACCAACUGGAUUAUGCAUGAAUAUAGACUAGAAACAAAUCUUGCCUUCAAACCUUCAAAGGAGGAAUGGGUAGUUUGUAGGGUUUUCCAGAAGAGAUCAACAAUGAAGAAAGCACAGCCAACAUCAUCAUCCCAACAAUCCCUAGAGUCUCCUAAUUGUGACACUAAUUGCACAAUAGCAAAGGAGAUAAUUGGGGAUUUUGAAUUACCAAAUUUGAUUAGCAUUGAUACUCCAUCAAAUUAUGGGAUUAACAAAAUUUCUUUACACAAUUACAACAAUGAGAACAUGAACAUGAAUUUUUCUGCAGCAACAAGAUCAGAAGGAGCAAGCAACAUUAAUGUUCCAUUUCUGCCUAAUUGGUCUAAUCUUUCAUCAUCAGUAAAUUCUCUCUUUGAAAAUGAUUUUACUUUAAAUCAUUCAGUCCAACAGCAACAGGCACAGGACCAGUCAUAUUGGACUAUAAUAUUUGGUGAGGAUUGAGGACAGAUCUAUUUUAUUUAGUCUCAGAAUGUCAGAAAAUAACUACAAUCUUGUAAAGAAGGGUCAGUUGGAACCAACCAAAGGCUCCUUUAUUAUUUGUUAAAAUUUAUAAUAUUUUUUAGGUAUUACUAGUAUAUAUUACUGUAUGUCCUGAUGACCAUUGGGUAAAUAAAUCAAGAAAUAGUAGAUUUAUGUUA